CGAGCUAAUGCGGUGAGCUUUAUGCGGUGAGCUUUUGCAAGUGUCAAUCCCAAUAAGCCAACCAAAUGUCUGCUUGUCAUCCCUACAACGUAUUGUGCAGAGACGCUAUUAACAGCCCUCUCCUGCACUGAUGGCAACUAGAUACAGCAGCCGAGGCAGCAGCCGUCCGUGACAGCUUAUGUAUUACAUGAUCGAUCACACACAGGCGACGUGCGUGUCGCGGCAACCGGGCGGCUUGUGUGUCACACCCUGUCUCUCACUCACCUAUGUCGCAGCAUUGCGCCGCCGAACGCACAGCUUGCGGUCGUCGAGGCUGAGCGUGUAUGGUCCUCCGCUGAGGUUGAAGCCCGCCUGCUGAGGCAUGAAACGCCGCCGAAACUCGACCACCAGCUGUUCGUCAUCAAUUAUAUGCACAACGGUGCUCUUGUGGUCCUCUUAUUCAGUCAGCUCAGCACAUCCACAUUGCCAACCAGGAAGUAUCUGGAUGUGUCCGGUGUGGAAGUACAGCGCACCGUGAGUUUUCCCAUAAAUGAGGCGACCAUGGCGAUCACAUGGUAAUAGAAUAGGUCGAAGUCGAAUUCGUCAUCCUCCACAUUACCUGGAGUGAACACACACAAACAUGGCCAUACACAGAUUCCACGCCCCUACGGCUGACUCCCCCCUCACCAAACACAUUGACAGUCACUUCCCCUAUCGAUGGGAUGUCGUACGACGGGCCCCACAUACAAGGGCUGUCAUGAGUGUCCGGAGCCGCCGUGAGCUCGGCUGUCGACAGGUUUAGUUCUAUGUCCAGGGUUUUCUCCACCUUAUUGCUGACCAGCACCGUCUGCAGCUGCUCGAGGAAACGCCAUACCUCAUCAGCAGGCCAUUCCAGGGGGUGAAAGUAUUCAUCAUCUCCUGCCUUGACGAACGACAGGCUGGGCAUGUUGGAGGCGAUCUCGACUGCGCGUGACACGUUGGCCUCAUCGUCGAGGGCAUCAUUGAAGAGCUGCAGAGUAUCCGCGUCAGGGAAUGUGUUGUCACUGAUUGCUGCAGGGAUGGCCUCGGUACUCCCGCAGUAGGCAACGGUGUGGGCGACCUUGGCGAAUCCGUCAAUGAUCUUCUGCAUGGUGGGACUGCCGCUGCUGCGGCUGCGGGAGACGAGCUCCACGGCGAUCUUCCCGCAUUGAAGCUGACCAAGGUCCUCCGAUAUCGCUGCAGGAUGCGCGACAGCGUCACUGCAGAAAACAAUGACACAGAAAGUCAUACUGGCGAUGUGAUCUUCCCUGUCUUUGUGCCCCCACAUGAAUUGUGCCGUCUCCCGCAAUUUUUCCCGGUAUGGGGCUGCAUCCCACAGAGAAUCACCUAUGUCGAUCCCGAGUUCGCGAAUGGACCGGCUGACGCCCCUCGCCACCAUCACCUCACGCAGCCUGUCGAUCUCGGCGUGGGAGACAUACUCAUCCAUCCGGAUGCCGCGCAGUGUGCGAAGGGCUUUCAGCGACUUCCCGUCGGCGGGCAGCCCUCUUAGCGCAUCGGCCAUCUGGUCAGCGUCCCAGCGGACAUUGUCCAGCACUUCUAUGGCUUCACAAUCGGUCAGCCAUGUCUCCCCGGCAUCCACGUCGCACGGAGACGCGUCGAUGAUGAUCGUCUUGACUGCGGGUGCAUACCAUUUCCGGCCUAGACGAGCCGACAGAUACUCCCAAGGCGUGUUGUCGAUCGUCUUGAGUGCCGGCAAGUGGACGAGGGCGGUGGGGAUAGGGGGCAGGUCAGAUGUGGGGUCGAGGUCGGGGUCGUAAAUGCUGUCAGCGACCACGAUGCUAUCGUCGAGGUCGACGGCCUCGAAUGACAGCACCUCCAGUGUGCCCUCGUCAGCCGACUGAUUCCCUUGCCCUGCCACCGCCGGAGCAGCCGCUGUCCCCUGCCCUCCGUCCCUCUCUCGUCUCUUCUUCUCUGCGAUGGCCGCCCGCCCGAUGGCGUGUCCCUCCACCAGUGCCACCCAGGUCCCGCGACGCCAGACCAUGAUGGUCCAUCCGGGAUGGCGGUGUUUGAUCUCUCGCACGUUGGUCGCCCUCUCGCCCCAGUUGUGUGCCACGGCCAGCGGCAUGGUCUCCCACAUGCGCCGCGCCGUGUCGUCCUUACAGUCGAUGACCAGGUGGGUGUAGUUGGCGGCCGACUGAUGGAAGAGGGGCGUGCCGAGACGCCGGCGGUGGCGCGUCAGCUCCCAGUGCUGCAGGUGGCCGAACACGUUGGCCAACUCGUCACGCGACAGCCGACGACGGGCCUGAAGUGACAAUUAACAUGACAUCAAAUAAGGUCAAGAUGCUUUAGAUGUAUCAGAUCUGUCAUGGUGUCGGCCUGACCGGCCCUUGGUGGUUGACAGGUGGAGCGUUGCCGCUUUGAUGGAUCAGACGAUAGGACGGACCACUGGCCCCAGGCGCCUGCAAUGCAAUAAGACAACAUGACAGCCACAACAACGCAGAGGGCGGAUCCAUGGUCAGCUGCCGAUGGAUGGCCACCCACCUCACCCCACUGUGGCUCUGUGUGUGCCGCCCCCGAUGCGGCAGCGGCCUCGGUGGUCGACGUGUGUGCAUCUACAGCUACAGCACUUGUGAGGCUGGGCUCUCUCUGCUGGAGCUUCUUGGGAAGAGUAUCCAGGAGGCAGGCCACGGAAUCCAGCUGAUAACUCAACGCCAACCCCACUGGCGACGAUGCCUGAAAGCAGCCAGGAAAGGCCCCUCUGGCAUGGACGCCUCAGUCAAUGAGCUUACCUGUGCGGUGAUGGCGGCUUGGUCUUGGUCGAGGAGGCGUGAUAAGCCAUCCCUCACAGCACGGGCAUUCGCAACCAACUGGCAACAGAAAUGCACAGUCACUGUGGAAUGCCCUUUCCUCCGCUGCAAUUCCGUGCGCGUGCAUCUCACCUCCUUAUUGGGGUCCAUGGAAUCAGCCUCGGAAAUCAACCGCGUGUUUGUGCAGAGGGAGUUCG